AUGACAGAUUUAAAACUGAACGCUCGGGAACUGCAGUCACUGACCACAAGGGGACUCACUUUGGAGACUCGGAGUAUCAGUUGUGGCUCUUAUGCUAAUGUCUAUAAAGCAAAGACAGCGAACGGCGAGAGCAGAGCCGUCAAAAUCAUCGAUUGCACGAAAGUGUCCAACGAUUAUAGGGAGAGAUUCCUUCCUCGAGAGCUCUACGCCCUGAAGAAACUGAAUCACAGAUUCAUAGCUACAGUGUUUGAGACAUUUCUGGUGUCGAACCGUAUGUUUAUGGUCAUGGAGUUGGCCACUGGCGGCGACCUCUUGGACAUCCUUAAGGAGAACGAGGGACCGCUCGAAAACUCCAAAUCCCGGGUUAUGUUCAGACAAAUCGCAGAGGCGUUAAAAUACAUGCAUUCAGAAGGCAUUGUUCAUCGAGACCUCAAGUGUGAAAACGUACUCAUUUUUGACAACAAAAAAGUGGCCAAAAUUACAGACUUUGGAUUCGCCCGCACUGUAUAUCUGCACACAACGGGUCGCCGACUAUUGACAGAAACCGCUUGCGGCACAAUUGGUUACGUCUCACCCGAACUGUUGGGCGGCCAUCCCUUCGAUGCGAUGGCGAGUGACUGUUGGAGUCUUGGAGUCAUUCUGUAUGUGAUGUCAACCACGAAAUUGCCGUUCAAUACACGCCAUCAAAGACGCAGACAACUGACCAAAAGGUAUAAACUGCCGGAAAGACUACACAACGACUGCAAAGACAUCAUCAAAAAGUUAUUGGAACCGACGGUCAGCGACAGGCCUAAGAUGGACCAAGUUUUACAACACAAGUGGAUCAGUCAAGUGAUAGUUUAG